ACUUGUAAAGGGCAUUAGUUUAUUGAGAGAGGUAAUUGAAAAUGAAGACACUUCAGCUCUCAUGGAUAGCGAGGAGAUUCAUACUGGUUUGCAUGGUGAUGAUCAUGUUUUCAUGGGUGGGUCCAAGUAAUUCAGUGUGUGAGUUUGAUGCCAUAUUUAACUUUGGAGAUUCAAAUGUGGAUACUGGUGGGUAUAAUGCUGCCUUUCCAGCACAGGCUAGUCCCUUUGGAAUGACUUACUUCAAGAAACCGGUUGGAAGGGCAAGCGAUGGGAGGCUCAUUGUGGAUUUUCUUGCUGAAGCUCUUGGAUUGCCAUAUCUGAGCCCAUAUCUGCAAUCCAUUGGAUCUGACUAUAGACAUGGGGCAAGCUUUGCAUCUUCAGCAUCCACUGUGCUUAAGCCCACUACUUCAUUUCAUCUCAGCGGGCUUAGCCCCUUUUUCCUUAACAUCCAGCUCAAGCAGCUGGAGCAAUUUAAAGCCAGAGUUGGUGAAUUUUAUCAAGAAAAAGGCAGAAAGUUAUUCGAUGAUUGCUCCAUAGGAAAUAUUCUUCCUCCACCAGAUGUCUUUAAGAAAUCCAUUUACACGUUCUAUAUUGGCCAAAAUGACUUCAUAUCCAAAUUAGCAUCCAAUGGCAGCAUAGAUGGAGUGAGGGAUUACAUUCCUCAAAUUGUCUCACAAAUUGAUGCUGCUAUUAAGGAUGUAUAUGCACAAGGUGGGAGAACAUGUCUUGUAUUCAAUCUUGCUCCUGUGGGAUGCUUUCCAGCAUACUUGGUGGAGCUUCCUCAUGGAAGCUUAGAUGUUGAUGAGUUUGGCUGUGUGCUUUCUUACAACAAGGCUGUGGAUGAUUAUAACAAACUGCUAAAAGAGACCUUGGCAAAAACCAGAAAAACUCUUAAGGGUGCUUCACUCAUUUAUGUGGACACUCACUCUGUGCUGUUGAAACUCUUCCACAAUCCCUCAUCUCAUGGGCUCAAGUUUGGUUCCAGAGCAUGUUGUGGGCAUGGAGGUGGUGACUACAACUUUGACCCUAAAAUAUUGUGUGGCCAUUCGGCUGCAACUGCCUGUGAGGACCCCCAAAACUAUGUGAGCUGGGAUGGCUUUCAUUUGACAGAAGCUGCAAACAAGCAUGUCACUUUGGCCAUUCUCAACGGCUCCCUUUUUGAUCCCCCUUUCCCACUUCACCAACUUUGUGAUCUCAAACCUAUUUAUUGAUCCAGUUCCUUAGGGGGAUUUUCUUAUUUAACAAAUUAAACCAUUCCAAGAUGCCGCUAUAUUAAUACAUAAAUAAUUGGUGAGAGUUGUGUAUGUGUGUAUCUGUUACUUCAUGCUUGUACAAUACAAUAUCAAUUAUGCUGGUA